AAAAUGAAAAAGGUACACCCAGACACAUAAAUCACGUCUAGGUUCAUAACCAACAAAUGAAACGUGAACUCACAAAAAACAAAUAAAUAAGGGUUUAGUCUAACUCCAUUUGCAAAUUGUACACAUUAACCUCUCUUUCUCUCUCCACCUUAUUUUCUUUGCUAACUCUUGUUCGUUUUUUCUUUUGAGACAUGGCGGAUACGUUGUUUAAUGUUAAUGUUCUCAACAACAAACGCAGCCUCGAAAAUCCUGUUGUUGAGGUUAAAGACACCAAAAAACUAACAAAAUUCAAUGGCGGAGAGUCUGACGUAGACCCAGAGGCCGCACUCGCCAAUGCCCGCCAUGAAUUUGGCGAACAUGGCGGGGUUAACAUGUCGAUUGAGGCCUCUGCCACGUUCACCGUCAUGGAACCAGAUACUCUCCGCAAAAUAUUUGCUGGAGAGCUUGGUCAUGAAGGCGAUUACUACGUCUACAGCCGUCAUUUCAACCCAACCGUCCUCAAUCUCAGCCGUAAGAUGGCGGCCCUCGAAGGCACUGAGGCCGCCUAUUGUACAGCCAGUGGCAUGUCCGCCAUUUCUGCAGUUUUGUUACAGCUCUGCAGCCACGGCGGACAUGUUGUGGCUUCUAGUACUCUUUAUGGUGGGACCCAUGCACUUUUGCAGCAUUUCUUUGUGAGGACAUGCAACAUAACCACAACUUUUGUUGACAUAUCCGAUUUGGAAGCAGUUGAGAAUGCAAUUGUGGAAGGGAAGACCAAAGUGCUGUAUUUUGAGUCAAUUGCAAAUCCAAGCUUGAAUGUGGCCAAUACUCCUGAGCUUGCUAGGAUUGCACACAAAAAGGGAGUAACUGUGGUGGUUGAUAACACCUUUGCUCCUAUGCUGCUUUCUCCUGCUCGUCUUGGUGCAGAUGUGGUUGUUCACAGUAUCUCUAAGUUUAUCAGUGGUGGUGGCGACAUUAUUGCAGGAGCUGUGUGUGGGUCUGCAAGUUUUGUGAACGCAUUGAUGGGAAUUCAAGGAGCCAUGAUGCUGCUGGGGCCAACAAUGAACCCAAAGGUAGCAUUUGAACUGUCAGAGAGAAUCCCACACCUGGGCCUUCGCAUGAAAGAACACAGUCAUCGUGCAUUGGAAUUUGCAACCAGACUCAAAAAAUUAGGACUCAAUGUGAUCUACCCUGGCCUUGAAGAUCAUCCACAGCAUGAAUUGUUGAAAUCCAUAGGCAACAAAAGUUAUGGAUAUGGAGGGAUUCUUUGUGUUGAUAUGGGGACAGUGGAAAAGGCUAACAAGUUCAUGAGCUACUUGCAAAACUAUGCUCAUUUUGGUUUUAUGGCAGUUAGUUUAGGGUAUUAUGAAACCCUAAUGUCUUGCUCUGGUAGUAGCACAAGUAGUGAGCUGAAUGAGGAGGAACAGAAGCUUGCUGGAAUCACACCAGGUAUGGUGAGGAUGUCAGUUGGAUACAUUGGAACAUUGGAGCAGAAGUGGAGUCAGCUGGAAAAAGCAGUUAUUAAGUUUAAUGAAAAACAUUAGUGAUCUAUUUUUAUUUUUUAUUGUUGAGAGGAACAUUAGUCUAUGUUUCUUUUUCAUGUUUUGGUAAUUUGUAUGAAGAAAGAGGUUGGACAAAAUGGGGUUAUGAAUGAAUAAAAUUUAUUUACUUUUGUUUUUUAAAACUGUU